AUGGCGAUGACAUCGUCCAAGGCACAUGGAACUCUCGUGGGCAUGGAGCUGUAUGUGGAGAAGCUCUUGGACUCUGCUCGCCACCUGAACCAACAGCGCACGCACCCCGUGCGAUCGUCGCUGGCCCUGUCCAAGUGGAAAUGCCAUCACGCAUUGGGUAACAUGAAUCGGGAAAGCUACGACGACGAGACGAGCGAGGCUGGAGGUGGGGCACCAGUGCGACCUGUCGCGGCAGCCGACAUGCGAUUUCACUCAAAGCUCUUGUCCAAAGACAAGGAGGUGGACGAUGAUGAUCCGUCCAUUCGACAGCAUUUGCAAAGAUAUUCCCAGCGAUACACGGGAUUAGAAGCUUACGGCAAGACGGGGAUGUCCAAACUGCAGCAAAUCAUCGACACGGCCACGGCGGUGCAGCAUGCGUGCCGGUCCGCCAACGACCUCGGCGUGACGAUCGGCGUCGCCGUCUUGAGCUCCAGCGGUCGCGUGUACACGUCCUCGUCCAACGACUUGUGCUUGGACACGUGUCCCGAACGCCUGGCGUUUAUGAAGCUCGCGUCGGACGAAUGCGAUUAUGUCGUUGAGGGUGCCGCCAUCAGUUCGUCGGACGGGGUGUUUACGCCGUACCCGUGCGGGUCGUGCCGGGAGUUUCUGAGUCAGUUUGGGGACUUUCCGUUGUACUUGAUCCGAGCCACGAUGGAGUUUGAACAAACGACAGCGUACGCCCUCUUUCCACGUGGCAGUCUCAGCGCACUCCCCGGUGCUACCAACAAGAAUGACAGCAGUUCCAGUAUAUCCCUUCGAGUCAAGCACAAUGAGACACUCCAGCCGCGCCAUUUGCUGCAUCCAAAGGACUGGGCCGUGGCGCACGCAGUGAAUUGGCUCAUCGAAGACGUGGGACUGCCGGAAUACGCUGCUAUAUUCGAGUCCCACCAAGUGAACGGAGCCACGUUGUCGUACUUGGAGGAGUCGGACUUGCAGUUUUUGCUGCAGAUUCAGCACCCGUUGCAUCGACGACGCAUUGCGCUGUGCUUGCAUCGCCUUCGCGACCAAGAUGGCAUGCACGAUGGGGUCGAGUAUGGCCAGCUCAAAGACUACUUGGCCGUUCUAGACAAAGAUCGCAUCGAGGUCGUCGUCAAGUUGAAGCAAGCAUUUGAUGCCGUCGACACCAACCACAACGGCAUGCUCGACUUUUCCGAAAUCAAGCAAGCAUUGUCGGCCAUGCAGUACGAUGCGUCGGCGUCAGCAGUCGAGGCGUGGAUCCAAUCUCGAAGCAGCCAAGCGUCCGUCUCAUUUCCCGAGUUUGCCCUUGCCUUUUGCCACACGUGGACAGCCAACACGAGGUCGCUCCCAGUGCCGAAAGUGGACCUCGCGACUGUCCGAGGGGCCUUUGACCGGAUGGACACAAACGGCAACGGGUCCCUGGAUAAAGCUGAAGUCGCACAAGCGCUGGCUGCGCUCGGACAGCCGAAUCCGGAGGACGAGGCGGCCAAAUGGUUUGCCCAAGUCGAUACCGACGGGUCCAAUUCGCUGAGUUUUCCAGAAUUCCUCGUCCGGUACGCCGAACUGCAGUGGAAUCUGGCGCCACUCCACGCGUGUUUUGAUGCGAUGGCCGGCUCUGGGUCGCACGUCGUGGACGUGGCCGCCCUGCCCCAGCUGUUUCGGUCGCUGCAAGUGCUGUACGAUCGGUCAAAAUUGGACAAGUGGACCGACGCGCGACUGUCGUCUGAGAUGUCGUUUGCCGACUUUUGCUUGGCGUAUUUUCUAUUCGUGCAAGCCCCGGCCCCCAUGGACAGUGUCGAAGACCAGCACCGCCAUCGCAUCGUGCAGCUGCAGCAGUCGGGUCAUGUUCGUCUGUGCACGAGACCUCCGUCACCGACCCGCCAGACACCGCAGCAGACGACAGUGUCGUCACCACCGAAACGACAUCAGGGGCAUCAUCGAAAGGGCGACGGUGACGAAGGCAAGUGCCACGACAGCGACGAUGACAAUAGCAAGCACGACGACGACGACGAGUUUGCUGCAGUGCAUGCCAUGUUUCGCCGGUUCCACAGCUCCAGCUUGACGACGCUGGAAGCCAUGCAAGCCAUCACGGAAUUGGGCGUGGUCGUCCCGCGAGCUCAUAUGCUCGAGUACUUUACUUCUCGGGGGUUUGGCACCAAGAGAACCAUUGACUACGAUGACCUUGUUCGGGCAUAUCGCAAGCUCCAAGUGGCGCUAUUGGAAGGACAGUUUGGGAUUCCGUAUACCCAACGAGACUUUUCCGCGUCCGAGUGCAAAGUCGAAGAAGACCCGAGCUCCCUCAUGAGCCAGCGUGAAUGGACGCAAGAGAUGCAGACGUGGGUGUCCAAGCGGCGGCGACGACGACGACGGCAAGCCCCACGACAUGACGAGAGCAAGGACGACGACGACGACGACGAUGGUAGCAGCCGCAGCCCCUCUAAACCAGCCUACCCAGCCACGGUGGGCGGCAGGUUUCAAAUAGGGGAUCGUGUGGUGGACAAGACGCGAAGCAUGGGUGCUGGCACAAUCGUCCGACUGAGCGGUCCGUAUCAAGUGUGCACUGUGCACUUCGAUUCUGGCAUCAAACGGCACAACGUGGCCAUGGCGAGUCUGCGGCGGUUCAAACCAGCGCCGCUGGCUGCGUUUCGUGUGAAAGCGGAGCCAUUUCAAGUGGACGCGUGUGUCCAGGUGUUGUUCAAAGGCACUAAUGCCAUUCGACGCGGGCGAGUGAAACGAGUUCGAAGCAACGACGAAUACGACGUCGUCUACAGCGACGGCGAAGUGGAAAAGCAUGUGCCCGUGAAGCAUAUGAGUGUUUUAUCAGGAGGAACAAAGCUCGAGGCGUGGGAAGAGGGCAUGCAGGUGGAAGCCAGGGGUAGCGACAGCCCCACGUAUUACCGAGGCGAGAUUGUGUUGUGUCGAACCAACGACACGUUUGACAUCAAGUUCAGAAACGGCGCGGAAGAGGACAAGGUGCCGCGCAAGUGGAUCCGAGUGUAUUCUGGCAAGGACACAAGCAGCAAGUCGGACAAGAAGCCAACACACCACAAAAAUUCCAAAGACAACGACGAGACUUAUGCCGACGAAGGUGACUUUGAAAAAGACGACGGGAACAGCGAGACAUUUGAAGUGCUGGACGUCGUGGAAGCCAAAUUCGGAGGCAAGGGCGCGUAUUUUCGAGGGCAUGUGACCAAAUGCCGAAGUGGCGGCACGUACGACAUCCAGUACGACGACGGCGACGUCGAGAAAGACGUGGGCGCAACCCACAUGCGAUUCGUGUCGCUGGAGAAUGUGGCCAAAGGUCAAGCUGUAGAAGCGAGGUUCGGAGGCAAAGAAGCCUUCUAUCCAGGCACGAUCAGCCGAGUGCAUGGCGACGGGUCAGUGGACGUGGAGUACGCCGAUGGAGAUCGGGAAACCAGAGUGCCCAGUCGAUAUGUUCGCCUUACUUCAUCUGGAACGAAGAAGAAAGCUAACCCUUCGCUUGCUAUUGGGGAUGCCGUCGAAGCUCGGUUUGGAGGACAAGACAAGUACUUCCCAGGCAAGGUUGCCAGAGUUCACAGCGACGGAUCCUUCGACAUCCAUUAUGCAGAUGGCGACAAGGAAUCCCAUGUUGAGCCUAGUUUAGUCCGACCCGCCAAGAAGAAAGCUGAGGCCACUACGUAUGACGACGAUUUCGAAUAACUAAUUUGAUUGACA